UAACGUCAUAGAACAUUAGCAAUGUAGCAUAAUUUCCCAGAUGAAACGAAUUCACACCGCUAACCGAUUUGAAAAGCACAAACCCCAAGAAAAACAAACAACACCACCACAAAUCAUGAAGUUCGUCACUGAAGCUCAACCAUCUCCGUCUUCGUCCGCCGUACUCGAAGACGGUUGGUCCAACGAUGCCACAUUCACACUCAUCGAUGCAUGGGGCAAACUUUCCAAAACGCUUAACCGAAAAUAUUUGCGUCAGUAUCACUGGAAAGAGAUAGCAAAAACCAUCAAUGACCAUCACGGUUACUCUAGAAAAGAGCGACGCACUUACGUUCAUUGCAAAAAUCGAUUCGAAGCGCUUAAGAAGAAGUACGCGAUUGAAAAAGCUAGGGUUUCGGAAAACGAGCUUUACGAUGAUGAAUGGUUGUUUUUCGAGAAACUUGAUUCAGUACUUGGAGAUGGUUUACCGGCCAAGAAUGUCUCGCCUCCUGUUGAACCUACGGCGGAUGUUCCGGCAUGGGCGCUGGCACCGGUAGGUCGUAGAUCAGGUGCUCAGAACACUGAGAAACAACCUGUGCAGGUGAGAAUGUCGUCGGAGAGUGAGGAGGAGGGGUCACGUUUUCGCCGGAAUGUAGCAUCUCAGAAAAGUUUGGCGCCGAUGACAAUGACAUCGUCUCCGGAGAGUGUGGAGGAGUCACGUUCUCUCCGGAGUUUAUCUGCUCAGAAACGAUUGUCGCCGGUGAUAACAACAUCGUCUCUGGAGAGCGCGGGGGACUUACGUUUUCGGAGAAAUUUAUCUGCUUUUGCUGCAGCUGCUGCUGCAGCAGCUGAAGUGGAGGUCGAUAAUUCGGAUUCCUAUAAUUCGGAUUCCGAUGAUUCAGAUUUCAAUUACGAAGGAUAUGAUUCAGAGGUAAGCAAUGAGAGCAAGAAAAGGAAGAGAGGAAGAAGGGAUGUGGAAUUAGGGCACAGAGAGGUUGCAGGAAGAAAGGAUAGGGAAUUAGGGUAUAGAGAGGUUACAAAUGCUAUGGAGAAGCUUGGUGAAGUACAUGAAAGAGUGGAAUCGUCGAAGCAGCGAAAAAAUGUGGAUUUGGAGAAGCAGAAAAUGCAGAAACAGAAGAUGCAAUUUUCAAAGGAUUCUCAGAAGGUGCAAUUUUCAGAAGGUUCUCAGAGAAUGGAAUUUUUAAAGGAUGCUCAGACUCGGUGGAUGCAAUUUUUAGAGGAUCAGACUCAGAGGAUACAAUCUUCAGAGGGUUCUCAGAGGAUGCAAUUUUCAAGGGAUUCUCAGACUCAGAGGGUGCAAUAUCCAGAGGAUUCUCUGAGAAUGCAAUUUUCAAAGGAUUCUCAGACUCAGAGGAUGCAAUUUCCAGAGGAUUCUCAGAGGUGGAGGGUGCAAUAUCCAAAGGAUUCUCCGAGAAUGCAAUUUUCAAAGGAUUCUCAGACUCAGAGGAUGCAAUUUCCAGAGGAUUCUCAGAGGUCGAGGGUGCAAUAUCCAAAGGAUUCUCAGACUCAGAGGAUGCAAUUUCCAGAGGAUUCUCAGAGGAUGCAAUUUUCAAAGGAUUCUCAGAGAAUGCAGCAGCAGAAAACCAACAACUCAAAACACAUGGAUGAUGUAUCAGCUCCUUCCCGAAGCAGGUUAGAUUCUCAGUCUACCAAAAAGAAAGUUAGAGGUCCCACACUGAUGAAGAAGUUAGCAGACCGUGCUGAUGGACAGAGGAUACCGAUUGAAUUUGAUCAAUCAACUGGGAAAUCGAUAGGGGAAAACAAGACAAAGUUCAAGAGUUAUUUGGGUUUCCUUGGUCGAAGCAAAAUCAGUAUUUUGAUAGAAGAUUGGGAUUCCGUAGAUGCGAAUGUGAAGGAUGAAAUUUGGACAGAGAUCCUGAAAAUAUGGGAUGUUCCUAAUUCUGGCUUCUUACGAAAGAAAUGGAUUGCAUAUGUGGGCGAGCGUUGGAGGGCAUUUAAGACUAAUUUGACUUCUAGAUAUAUACAUGGGGAUCUUAGGGGACAAUCGCCUCUCGAGGCCUAUAAUUUUCUUGAUGAGGAAACAUGGCAAGCGUUUGUUCAGAUGCGACUGGACCCUGCCUUUCAGGAGAUAAGAAAGAAAGCUCAAAUGAGUUCGGCUCAUCAUACAACCCCUCACAGAUUGUCUCGUGGGGGAUAUGAGUUGCUCCAAGAGAAGAUAAUGCAAGAGAAGUUAAAACAAAAGCAAGGUUCAUUAGGUGAUUCGGUAGCUGCACCUCCGUCUCCACCAGCACGUCAUGAGCAAUGGAAGAGAGCCCGACAAAAGCCAUCAGGAGAUUACACAUCAGAGGACUCACGCAUUAUUGCGGAGAAAAUUGAUUCUCUGGUCGAAAAAACAGCUCAAGGAACUUUUGUUCCACAAGGACGUAAAGAUAUUUUGGCAGAAGCCAUUGGCAAACCUGAGCACUCUGGUUUUGUUCGUGGUGUUGGUCGAGGUGUGGGUAUUCGGCAAUACUUUGGACCACUUGAACGUGACUCCACCCCACCUGUUUUUAGUAGCGAACAAUUAAGGACCAUAAAAGUGGAGCUUACUCAGCAAAUUAAAGAGGAAUUGAUGCAGGAUCUGGAAGCUAUGGGUUUUUCUAAAAAACCCUCGAAUUUCCCAACUCACUCUCCUAAUACCGUUGUACCUGCGAGCACAAAAGGUAGUUCUUCCGAUGUGCCUCCUAUACCAGAGGAGGAUGAAAUCCCAGAACGAUGUGAAUUGUACGUUGAUGAUUUGCUUCAUGCAGUGGCCUAUGGCAAUAUUUACAAGUUGGGGCCUACCAUACAUAAUCAGAUACUAGAAAAUGAUAUGGUGAGGGUGGUUGUUAGUGAGGUGUUAGAUGCUAACGCUCAAGUGCCUAUGCCCACUGAUGAGGUGGAAACGGUUGGGCAGGCCCUCAACAAUUUCGUUCAAUGGCCAAAAAGACUAGUGGAGAUUGUUUCUGAUAAGGAUGUUGAUGGAUAUGAAAAAGAUGAUGUUUCACCCAAAAGGUCGGACCCUCAUGAUGUUUCACCCAAAAGGUCGGACCCUCAACUAGAUUCUGUUCAACAAUUGGUUUUAAAGGCGAUGUGUAUGUCAGAAUCUAUAAAGCUUGAGUUGGAACACGAUAAAAUGAAGUCUCUUUGGCUCUCACAGAGAGAUAUUAUGGAGUUGUGUAUGGGUAAACAAGAGUUAUCCAUAACUAUUCUACGAUUGUGGUUAACGUAUUUGAAUCGCCUCUCAAUUAAUGUGGGUAAGAGUGACUUAUAUGGAUUUAUUGAUCCAUGUUUCAUUCAAAGUCAACAUGAUCCAAGUAAUGCUGAAGCCUACAUACAAAAUAAGUUAUGCGAUGAUAAAAAAGAGUGUUACCUAGCACCUUAUUAUAAUAAUCGUCAUUGGCAAUUGCUCAUUAUUUGUCCUAAGAAGAAUAAUGUAGUAUUCCUAUGUUCGCUGGAAAGAAAGCCAGAUAAAAAUAUUAUUCAAACUGUUGAUUCAGCUUUGGAUGAAUAUCAUAAGCUGCAAGGUGUUCAAAAGAAGAAGCCAACAUGGAUUGUCCCUGUUUGUCAAAGACAACCUGAGAGUUAUGAGUGCGGCUACUAUAUUAUGAUACAUAUGUUGAAAAUUGUAUCUGAUGGGAUUAUUGAUUCAUGGAAGAAGAUAUUUGGAAAUCCUGAGCCAUUCGAUGAGGAUGAACUUAUAAACGUCCGACAACGUUGUGCAAGUUUGAUUCUUGAAUUUAUUCAAGGAACUAAAAAUGUUUGAUAUUAUAUCUCCUCUCUAUUCUGUUAACUAACAAUAGAGUUUGGUUUUGUUAAAACCUUUUUUCCUCUGCCUGUGAAUCUUCAGCAUCUUAUUGAACAUUUCUUUUUUCCUUUUUCUUUUGUUGUUUCUAAACUAUAUUUUAACCUAUUGUUUUGACCCUUGAUAAUACUGUUGACAUCUGCCAAUUGAUACA